AUGUCUUACAACACCAAUACUUCUGCUGCUGCUGCCACAGCAAACCAGGCACUCAUUGAUCUUCUUGACAGGUUGAAUGAGUUGGUUGAAGAGGUCCUCCAUUCACAGUCAGAGGAAGAUAAAAUGAGAUUGAGCCGGACCAUUGCUUUUCAAUUGAACAAUGCAGCCCGCUCUCACCUCACAGUGGCCACCUACAUCCCCCUUCGCCUGCUGUCAAUGGCAGCUGAAAUCCAUCACGCUCAAAGGGGCACUGCACAACUGGCACAAGUACCGGAUUGGAGUCGUGUUGGGAACAAUGAGGACAUUUGCCGGAGUCAUCCCUUGUAUUCAAAGACACUCAGUCCAUCGUCCACUGCCACCAUUCCUGCUGGCUCAUCCUCUGCGCCUGAACCGGCAGGCCCAUCAUCUGCGCCAGAACUGGCAGGUCCAUCCUUUGUACCUCAACCGGCAGGUCCAUCCUCUGCGCCUCAACUGGCAGGUCAAUCCUCUGAGCCUGAGCCUGCAGGCUCAUCCUCUGCUCCGGCUCUGGCACAAACCUCAGCACCUCCAAUCGCCACUUUGCCAGGCCCCAGUAUCAUCCUCAAGAUCCCUGGUGGUGCAAUGCCCGGCCCAUCAAAACAUCGCAAACACCAAUUUAGCGUCAGCCCCCCACGUCUGGUCAAGAGGGCAAGGAAGAUAGCCAAGUCCAAGCGAAUCUUGAGCGACACCGAUACUGACAGACAUGGGGUAAAGGGAAAGGGCAAAGGAAAGGCAAGAGCAAGGGCACCAUUAUUGGAUGAUGAGACCCAGGAAAUGAUGAUGAAAGAUGCCAGUCAUGAUCCGGAAGUCAAGGCAAGUCUCUUCUUUUCGCAUAUUCCACCAAAACCGAGACAAAAUGCGCUCAAAAAGAAAAUACCAGUUGUUGACAUCCGCACUCGGCUGAUGCGAGCUUCGAAUGCCAGAAACAAGGGUGGUGACCCUGCAGAAGACGAACCAGAGGAAGACGUAGAGUUAAUUGACGACAAACGAAAGCCACAUGUUGACCGGGUCAAAGUCAAGGAACCGGUAUGUUUAUUUCAUUGCAAUGCUGUCGAUGUCAGAUACGAGGCAUCUAGGAACAGAGAAGAGGAAGAGGGGGAAGCGUCCGCAGCCGAUACUCAGCAACCUAGUCCUAUUCCAGAGGAACUGGAUGCUGAUGUCGAGAUGGUCGAUGGUGCUCCUACGGUGCCAAGUGCUGCCCCAGUGGCAUCCGCUGACGAUUUUCCCGAGGACCAUUGGAUCAAACCCAUGGACGAUAGUAUCCUGCCUCCCGCACCAUUUGAUGAGACACUGGAUGAGGUCUGGUACUCUCCUAUUUAUCCGGCUUGCACUCAAAGGCCCCCCUCCCCUGUUACCACAUUGAUGUCCAUUUCGUCUCAUCAGUCUCCCCAUCCUCUCAGCAAUGCGCAGAUUGAGGCUAUGCUGGCCCAAAUUCAGCUUGAUAUGGAGGAGCUACACACAUGUGAUGAUACCAUUCACAAUGAUCUGUCCAGUCGCAUCGAUGAGCUGCACGCCAACUAUACAGAACAAUUUGGCCUCCAGAAGGGACUGGUAGAUCAGUUGACUGCUCAGGUGGGCGGAAUUGCAAGGUACUUGAGGGACAACCAAAGGGCCGCUGCAUCAUCGGUCAUCACUCCACCUGCAUUCAAUCCACCACACAUUGUCGUCCCCAGUACCCCCAUAUUCCCCGAGUUCAGUUCUAUCAGUGCAUUAGGUCGCGCUGUUACCAACAAUGUCUUUACUCCGGAUGUGUUCUUGUCUCGUGCCUGCCCCACUGGAGAUGGCUCGCCAGUGACAAGGCAUGGGCAAGCACCCACAUCUGGCUCUACCUCCACAAUCAAUCUGGUCCCCAUCAUGAGGGAAUCCGGUCCAUCCAUUCAGCCCACUGGGGUACUGCCAGUACUUACUGACACGGUCCCAACAGAAUCCAUGCCUUCCACUAGCACCAUUCGCAUGUUGGUCACCGGGUCAGCAAAUGUACCUGAGGAUGGUCGGUCGGUGAGUGCUAAGCAUGCAAAGGACUCGUCCGGGGAUGGGCCCAAGUAA